AUGGCGGAUAAUAAUACAGGUUGUCCAAUCCAAGGUAAACCAGACCUGUAUGGGCUAGGUGUACGCCUUGGUCUUUACUUACAAUUCAUCGCUAUCGUGCUCGCGAGACCGUCAGUAAAACCGGCUUUCAAAGCUAUCACUAGCUCAACUAUCGCUUUCGUCCUUGCUAAUUUAAUCGUCCUUGCCAAGGAGAGUGCGUCGAGGACUCUAUUUGCUCCGGAGGCAUACCUCCUUUUCUUCCUUCUUGUUCCGCAACUCACGGUGAACAUUAUAAACAUCGACACAUCGAAGAACCACAUAAGCCCCCGUGGUACCAUCGCCCUCCUCUUAUGGGGAUCAUUUUGCUUCUAUUUCAGUUGGUUUUGGUGGGUGGGACUGGACGUCUUACCGAUGUCCGGCUGUGAAGAUGAAUUUGGGUUCUUCUUCGCCAAGGUCAGCCUCCGGGGUUGGUUCAGAACCUUUAACAAGGUCCUUUGGACAAUAUCAGAUAUUGCGUUUGUCAUAAUCAUUUCAUCAACUGCAGUUCAGUUCCUGAUAGCAUAUUUGUCCCGAGAAGAAGGAGAUGUAGACCUAAAACUCGCAAGGGCUACUAGCGAAAAGAUCACCGCUCACAACAUACUUCAACAUAUUUUCCUGCAGGGAUGGAGCUUUUUCCCGUUUGCUAUCUUCGUCUCUGGUGCCGAAAUAACACUUCGGUACAAUGAUAUCCGGGGUGUUAACACCGUAAACUCGGCCAGUCAGCUCGUACCCCUAGUCCUUGCUCUUGGCUUGUUGGUGCACGUCAUUGGAAAUACGUUAAUGAGACUAGCCCAUGGGUUCCAACAUGCUUUCGACGAGGAUGUAGCAGACGGACUGGAUAAUGACAACCAUGAUAAUCAUAGUUCAACACGAAGCGACCUCAGACGCGAGCUGCGGGAAGAGCGGGGGUGGCUGGGCGUUACUGGUCGCUUUCUUUUCCGACUCUAUUGUGCAUUUGUUGCAGGAUACAAUCAGGAAGAAGUGAAGCCGAGGCAUCCAAAUUCCGCUACGAGUUGCCCAAAGAGAAGUCAUGGUGCAGAAGUAGACAUCGAGUUAGAAGGUGGUCCGCGACCUUAA